UGAAAUAAUAGUGUAACCGGGAAGUCUUUAUACCGCAGGAACGUUCCUCCUUUCCUCCCGGACUACAACAAGGGCCGGCACCGAUAGUUCCGACCGGACCGGUGCUGCCCUCUAGUGUGGGAUUUAACCGUGUGUUGUGAGCGCCACCUACUGCCAAAUCUACGCAAAGCGAUACAGUACUAAUGUAUUGUACGUCAAUUAACACUGGACUGACAUCGUUAAUAGUGAUUUCCCAUUCCUUAAUUGUUUUUUUUAUUAUUAUUUGACGUCCAGGAUAGGGAAAAAGCCUUCUCGUUAAUAGCCAUUUCCCAUUUCGUAUGAUUCGUUUCCUAGCCGCGCCGGCGACGGCCACUGAGGCAAUGAGCUCCUCGGUUUCGGAUGUGUGUGGAGAUAUGUUGUUUGGUGCCGCCACCCACGAUAUCCUGGCAGAUUUCUUGGUAAACCUUAACCGCAAAAACAAGGAACAUUUACGAAAUGUCUUGGGUCACAGUGGAAGUUUCAAAGAGAGAAAGCUUGUAGAAUACAUAUUUCUUGUGUGCCAAGAGUUAAGACUGGAUCUUUUCACUGGAUAUCAAGCAUUGGAAAUACUGGAGCGGUACAUGACGAAGCUCCUUGCAGGUCUAUUGAGCAUGCCUGCUCAUGGCCGAGAAGAGUCCCUUGGCUCCAUUCUUAGGAAGCUAAGAGAGAGAUUCACACUCACCGUUUUCACCUCCAUACAGCUGGCAAGCAAACUUGCGCUGCACUGCAGGUUUAUUGACAACAAUACAGCUGUGAGAUUUCUGCACCAGUUGGGAUAUAACUAUACAAAAGAGGCUUUACUGGAAUCAGAAAUCCACAUCCUGAAAACUCUGGAUUUCUGCAUAAACUUCCAAAAUCCUCUCACAUAUGUUGAGGUCCUCAUGGAAGUCCUGGGAUACAAUGAUUCCACAGUUCCCGUCCCACGCCUGUACACUAUUUGUCAGCAAGUGCUACAGUUCGUAUAUCUCCAGAGAAAUCUCAUUUACGACCAUCUGCUGGUGUCGGUCACGGAGAGUUUAAACCCCACCCAGGAGCAGAGGGCAAAGUUUGUGACAGUGAAGGAAGACUGCGUGCUCCUUGCAGCUGGUGUCAUUGCUACAGGCGCCUUCAUUCUGAGCUUCACCAGCUGGAGUCAGAUUUCACCAAUCGUAAUCAAUGCGUGAUUCCAUGCGGUUGCCUUCUCCCAGAAUAUUAUCUGUUAUGCUACACUAUAUAACCGCUUCAGCAAAAAGGAAUUUCGUUAGAUUUUCCAGACCUGCUGUACUGGAAUUUUACAGAUCAAGCAAAAAUACAAUUUUCAAAGGUGCAAGAAAACCAGCUCACUUAAUUUUCAUAAUGUCUGAAUAUUUGCAAUAACAGAUCUACCUGUAACAAAAACAGGAUUGUAUAGGUUUGAUAAUUAAACUGCCUCUGGGAGAGCAGGUAAGUCCCAGAAAAAUUAAUUGUAGAAUUUGCCAAAACAGGUUGAAUAGAUUUACAUUUUCAGACACAUAGUAAUAGUAAUUAAAAGCCAAUUAUAUGUAAUACAACUACAUAAAUUGCAAUACUAUAUAUGAUAAUCAAAGCAAAAACAGACAAGGCAGAGAUGUGUAUUGCUAUUUCCAUGUCCAAGGAAAUACGCCUGAAAGAUUGCAAGAAUUCCCUCUGUUUGUCCCCCCUUCUUCUGUGGUGUACAGUAAUGGACAUCACAAAAGAAGUAUACAAUGUAUGCAAAUCUAAAUAACGCGUC